GCUCCGGUGUCAUGGCUGACUCCUGUCCUGGAGACUCUGCCGCCUCCGUGGGCGGGAAAAGGCAGCAGUUUGGGAACCGGUUCCUGAGCGACCCGGCGCGCGUCUUCCACCACAACGCUUGGGACAACGUGGAGUGGUCACAAGAGCAGGCCGCGGCGGCGGAGAGGAAAGUCCAAGAGAACAGUGCCCAGCGGGUGUGCCUGGAGAAGCAAGUUGAUUAUGAAACCAAUGCCCACAAAUAUUGGAAUGACUUUUACAAAAUCCACGAAAAUGGGUUUUUCAAGGACAGACAUUGGCUGUUUACUGAAUUUCCAGAACUGGCACCAAGCCAAAACCCAGAUAACUUGAAGGAUUUGCUCUCAGAGAACAAGAGUGAAAUAUGCGAAGGCAGAAACAAUGAGGAUGGACCUGGUCUAAUAAUAGAAGAGCCGCACGUGUGCUCUUCAAACAGCCUUGAAUAUGAGACACAAUCGCCUCCUGUGGAGAAGACUAUAACUCAGAAACUCAGUCAGCUGGAAAUAAAUGCUGAGGAGUUUCCUGGAUCCUCAGCCACCUACCGAAUAUUCGAGGUUGGUUGUGGCGUGGGAAACACAGUCUUUCCAAUUUUACAAACUAACAAUGACCCAAGACUCUUCGUUUACUGUUGUGAUUUUUCUUCCACAGCUGUAGAGUUGGUCCAGACAAAUUCGGCAUAUGACCCCUCUCGGUGUUUCGCCUUUGUUCACGAUCUGUGUGACGAAGACAAGAGCUACCCAGUACCUGAGGAAAGUCUUGAUAUCGUCAUCCUCAUAUUUGUUCUUUCAGCAAUUGUUCCAGACAAGAUGCAGAAGGCCAUCAGUAGACUGAGCGCGCUCCUGAAGCCUGGAGGGAUGAUGCUUCUGCGUGACUACGGCCGCUAUGACAUGGCUCAGCUCCGCUUUAAAAAAGGUCGAUGUCUUUCUGAAAAUUUCUAUGUCAGAGGUGACGGCACCAGAGUUUACUUCUUCACACCAGAUGAACUGGACACGCUUUUUACCACCGCCGGCCUGGAAAAGGUUCAGAACUUGGUAGACCGCCGAUUGCAAGUAAACCGGGGGAAGCUGCUGACAAUGUACCGAGUUUGGGUCCAGUGCAAGUACCGCAAGCCUCUCCUGCCCAGCACCCGCGCAGCGGCCGUGCGACGGCGCUGACAUGAGGGGAGCUGACUGCGGCUCGUAAGAAGAACAUUCCCAGAUGCUCUUGCUGCUGCUGGGCGGUUCUGGACCCAAGCGGACAUGAACCUCAAGCCAAGGAAAAUGUGCUUCUUACCACCUUUCUAACAGCUGUGCUUCAUAUUUGUGAAGCCCUUAAUAUAUACUUAAGUGUUUUCUUGAAAUCUCAAUGAAUCUCUUACCGGUUUAUAAUUUCUAUUAUUAACGAGUAUUCAUAGUACUCAUGAAUUUUAAAAGCAUCAAGAAUUAUAUAUGAGAUGUCAUUUGACUCAGGUUGCAUUAAAUGUUGGGAGAAUUCAGAUACGUGGUCUAGGCAGUUAAUUGCCUAGAGGUCUCCUUCAGUGGUGGGAAGCAAGAUGGGAAGAUGCCCCUGGGAGUUGAUUCUUGAUUCAAAAACAUUGCCGUAAAGAGCAUCGUAUUGUGUCUUUGUGAAGGAUUCGAUCAUGUCCACUUGACCUUGGUUACAUGGAACUUCAGACACUGUCGCUCCCUCCAAGUAACCUGUGUCUAGAAAAUUAAAAGAAUCUUCA